AGCCCGUCAGCGCCGAACGCACAUGCGCCAAGUGCGUCCCCGCCCCCGCUCCCGGUUCCGUGCGGAGUCUCCGCGAUCUCUCUGUCACCUCACAGUAGUCGUUGCUGGUUGCGGGCGCGGGGGCGCGAGUAGCGCAGGGCCGCCUCUCCCCCGCCCUCAGGCCGGGCCCGGGCUCGGUCCCCCGCUCCCUCCUCUCCCCACCCCGGUCGGGAACCGGAAGGUCCAAGCCGCUGCCGGGUGCCCGAGGGCCAUCGUGGCCGCAGCCACGGGUCCUGAUGGAGCCGCCAAAUCUCUAUCCGGUGAAGCUCUACGUGUACGACCUGUCCAAGGGCUUGGCCCGGCGGCUCAGCCCCAUCAUGCUGGGGAAACAACUGGAAGGCAUCUGGGAGGGACAUUGCUUGGGCCCCCAGACACUGUGGUUGAUGUGGGGAGCACAGAAGUCACUGAAGAAAUCUUUCUGGAAUACCUGUCCUCCCUGGGGGAGUCUCUGUUCCGAGGAGAAGCCUACAACCUUUUUGAACACAACUGUAACACCUUUAGCAAUGAAGUGGCGCAGUUCCUGACUGGGCGGAAGAUCCCUUCUUACAUCACUGACCUGCCCUCUGAAGUUCUCUCAACGCCCUUUGGACAAGCACUACGGCCCUUCCUGGACUCCAUCCAGAUCCAGCCUCCUGGAGGGAACUCUGUGGGCAGACCCAAUGGCCAAAGCUAACAGGACUGCACGGGACCGCCCGCCUCUCCAGGGCUUUUCCCUUUUAAACAAAACAAACCCUACCAGAUUUCUAUUUUAUAAUUUUACAUCAGAGCUAACGGGGACGGCUUUUUAAAUUUCCCAGGGAAGGAGCUUGUCAGGCUGCACGUAGGACAAUGCUCCUGAGAAACAGAACAAAUGCCGUCCCUUCUAAUAGUAUUAUACUAAUUUAUUAAGGCUGUCUUGUCUGUGAGUUCACUUUUGACGCUGUUGCCUGAGCGUCCUCUACACUGGAGAGAGAGGGGGCGCUUUUUAACAAAAAGCAAGAGUCACAAUCUGGGAGAAUUCCGUUCUAGACCCUGUUUCCAAAGGACAUUCCACCCAGGUUGCUGCACCUGUGGGAUCCAGGUGAGGUUUGUGUGGGGUUUGGGUCUUUUUUUUUUUUUUUUUUUUUUUCUCUUUUUUUGAGACAGGGUUUCUCUGUGUAGCCCUGGCUGUCCUGGAACUUGCUCUGUAGACCAGGCUGGCCUCAAACUCACAGAGAUCGCCUGCCUCUGCCUCCCGAGUGCUGGGAUUAAAGGCGUGCACCACCACCCAGCCUGGGUGCGUUUUUUUAUUGUCCAUAAUCCUGGAGCAGUCACCCUCUAGCAACAAAUGAACCAAAGGAUUCGGUGUACAUGGGGCCAGCUGUAGGCUGACUGACUCAACCUAAGUGAACUCUUCAGCUACAACUUUACCCCAUCCCCACCCCCAAACAAGGCCACAGGCAGGAGCUGGAGCAGUCAUAGCCUCAGGAUCAAAGGGCAGGGCAGAGAAGACAGGAUAAAGCCAUUCAUUCCUCCUACCACUAGACUCCGUGCCAGUCCUCUCUGCCUGCCUCUGAGCUGCUCUCCCUCAGCAAUAACUUGACCUGUCACCAUUAAUGAAGGUCUAGGUUGCAGUGGCAGACCCCUGGGCCUCCUCUCUGCAAAUAAUAACAUCAGUUUGUUUAUAGUCAGUAGAGCCAGCCACCCAAGCCAGUAUGAGGGGACAUGAGUGUUCCUUCCAGGAGCAUAACUCUGAUGUAGAGAGAAUACCGAGAAUACCACAGUGAUGUAGGUUAAAGGUGGCCAAAAAGAAUUGUCUCCAAUAGGGACUGUCACAUCUUAAAGUGUCUUGAACAGACAUCAUCUCCAUUGUCAUUCUGAUCUUAAGAGGUGUGGUUGGGCAUUUUCCUAGUGAUGUGCCACUAGGAUUCAUCAGCAAGAAUCGUCUAGAAGUCUGUGUUGUAGACUCUAGAAUCUAGAAAGAACUUAAGUUUCCCUUCCUUGGUGUCAGCCUCCUACUGGCUAAUUUGGGAACUGGAUAUGGAGUGUGGGGCUCAGACCAAGCACCUGAGACAGCUUCACAUGCCUGGGAGCCCCUGCCAUGGCUUCCCUCCACUUCUGAAACUUGAGCUCAACUGCUCCUUCUGGGGCAGACCUUUCCUCCCUGAAAGCUAUUGCUGGCUCAUACUUGCCCGUACCCAGCUGUCUUUGCCAGCAGCCCUAUCAGUUGGCAUCAUCAGGAUCAGCCUCAAACUCUGACCUGUUCCCUAACCAGUGCCAAGUCCAGCUGGGAUGUCAGGUGAUGUUUUGGAACUUGAAAGUUGGGGUCAAAUGGUUCUUCAAGACUGAACGGUUUGUAAGUGUGCAUGACAAUAACAAAUUAGAGUGGAAACCAACAGGGCUUGUUUACUAUUGGUCUGUUGACAGAAUGGGGCCAGAAGGUGAGUGUUCAAAGCUUGGCUUCUGGGUAGGUAGAAGUUGCUGGAAGUCAUCACCUUUUCAUUUGCUUAGCCCCAGCUCCUAGCAUCUCUACCUAGAGCUCUCCUGACACCUGACAGGUGCUGGGCUGAUUUUCCCACAUGACCAGAUUCAUCUGGUUUUCUUCCUCAAAGCAGUGACGCAGAUGCCAUGAUACUCUGAGAAGCUUGCCUGAGAACUUUAGCCCCUUGGUUGCUUGAAUUGCCUCCUGUCACGUCCAGCAGCCAUCCAUGUUGAUGCCUGUGCCCGUGGCUCACAGGAGACAGGACUGGUCAGCUUCUCAGAUCUCUGCAGGAAGGCGAGCCCUUCCUCCCUAUGCAAAUCCCAUUGAUACCGAAACCCCAGGCCAGGACCCCACCUCCUACCUUCACAUGUCUCUGUCCCUGUGUCUCAGGAGCGUACUAUAAUGACCAGCUGACUCCACUUGUCUCUGUCCCAGUGUCUCAGGAGCAUACUAUUAAUGACCAGCUGACUCCACUUGGGCAUGUACAAGCAAGCCGAGAGGGACCUAAGUCAUGUUGUUGUUCAUGUCAUAUGACAGACCCUGUGGAGUUCCAUUGGUCAAGGGACAAGGGAAGUGGAGACAUGAGCCUAUUGUCCUCUCCUAGACAAAAUGAAGCAUGUUCCUUUGAGAUUCCUUCAUUACUUCCUUGGAAUCAAACUAAUUCUGUCUAAUAUGGAGGUGUUUGCUGGUUUUCAUUGGCAUUUUUUCUAAUGCAAUAAAUUCAUUUAUGCUGC